CACGGAGUGUGAGAAGGUAGUCUUGCUGUUGGAAGUUGAGCGGUUCAUAUUGGCUUGGUGGGGAUUGAAAGCCAAAGAAGACGACUUAGAAUUCUGAUGCUGCUACAAGAGUUGCAGAACAUUAUGACCUGUGUUCCUACCUGCUACCAAUCUGACCUACGGAUUUAAUGCAACCCUGCUUGUGACUUGGUCUAAUAGAAGCUGUAGCUGGAGAGGUCGUUCAUACAGACCCUGUAAUUUUGUUAUCUUCCCAGAAGUUUUAUAAUGGAUACAGCACGAUCAACCAUAUCCAAUUUGUUCCGCGGGGAACCAAGCACAUAUACCCGCUUCAGCCUAGCCGAGCAUAUGGAAGGUGACAAUAGCCAAGUGGAGAUGAAACUGUCAAAUUCUGAGAUGGACGAUGAGGUUGGAAACUCUAUGGGAGAUCACAGGGACCCUCGCAUUAUGAAGCCAAAGCACAGCCCCAAAAACAUCUGCUUUGUGAUUGUUUGUACUCUGCUCAUUUUCUUAAUAGGCUUUCUUAUUGGUUAUUUGUCGUAUCGCGGGCGAAUGCCAACAAAAGAGCAGAGCUGUUCCAAUGCGGACAGCGUUCCUUGUGGCACCGCUGAGGAACUAAGUGAGGAUGAUAGUGAUACUACUGUGGAAGCCACUCCUUUCCUGGAGUGGAAACAGCUGAAAGAACUACUCAGAGAGAAGUUUUUACUGUCAAGUUUUGAAUCCCGCAUCAAGGACUUUUCUGUAAACCGUGAGGCUGGUUCUGAAGGUGAUCAAACUCUUGCUUUGACUGUGUAUAACGAAUUCAAAAGCUUUGGGCUGCAUAGUGUCUGGAAUGAUGAACACUAUGUGAAGCUUCAGUCCCUUGGCAGUACUCCAAACAGAGUAACACUUUUGGGUUCCGGAACAACUGAAGUUUUUGAAAGUCAAAAGGGUUACCUGGCUUACAGUGCUGCAGGCCAAGCUACGGGUAAAUUGGUUUAUGCUAAUUAUGGAAGGGAAGAAGAUUUUAAAAACUUAGCAUCUAUGAAUAUUGGUGUGAAUGGCAGUGUUGUCAUUGUUCGGGGUGGAAAAAUAUGCUUUGCCGCUAAGGUUGCCAAUGCCCAGAAAGUGAAAGCAGCUGCAGUUUUGAUCUACCUAGACCCUGCUGACUAUGACAACAUGCCUGAGAAUACAGAAGUGUUUGGUCAUGUUCAUUUGGGCACUGGUGACCCAUAUACCCCAGGAUUUCCUUCAUUUAACCACACUCAGUUCCCUCCUGCACGAUCCUCAGGGCUUCCCAGUAUCCCAGCUCAGACCAUCACAACAAAUUCAGCUCGUCGGCUGAUGAGUAAAAUGACAGGGCAGUCUGCCCCUUCAGAAUGGAAAGGGACAUUAUCUGUAGCCUACAAUUUGGGAAAUGAUGAUAAUGUCCAGGUGAAAGUGGAGGUGAACAAUGUAGUUGCUGAGAAGAUGAUCCACAAUGUGUUUGGAGUGAUUAAGGGACUUGCUGAUCCAGACCAGUAUGUUGUGAUUGGAGCUCAGCGUGAUUCUUGGGGUCCAGGUGUUGCCAAAUCAGCUGUGGGAACUUCUUUGCUGUUGGAGAUGGCUAAAGCACUUUCAGCCUUGGUCGUAAAAGAUGGAUACAAACCCAGAAGAAGCAUUAUUUUUGCCAGCUGGAGUGGUGGCGAUUUUGGAAGUGUUGGAGCAACUGAAUGGUUGGAGGGUUACCUGUCUGUGUUGCACCUGAAAGCUUUCGCUUACAUAAACCUUGAUGCUGCAGUGCUGGGAUCUAAACAUUUUAAAGCGUCUGCCAGUCCUAUGCUGUACACACUUCUUGGAAACACCCUAAAAGAGGUCAGCUCUCCACUGGACAGCAAUAAGACAUUGUACCAAAACAUUGGUAGCCAAAGCUGGGAGAAGCAAACAAUUGUCCCAAUGGCCAUGGAUGAUGCGUCAUAUGCCUUCCAAGCAUUUUCUGGAAUCCCAUCUGUUUCAUUCAGCUUUACGAAUGAUAGAGAUUAUCCAUACUUUGGAACAAUGGAAGACAAUUUGAACAAUCUGAACACUCGCACAGGAAACAGAGUAGACAUCAUAGCCAGAGCUGCUGCAAAUGUGGCUGGGCAGAUGGUGCUAAGGCUGACCCACGAUCAUGAGCUCUCCCUGGACUUCGACAGAUAUAACGGGGAGCUGUACUCGUUUGUCUUUAAAAUCAAUCGAUUUGCUAAACAGUUGAAGAAAGCAGGCUUGACUGUAAAGUGGCUUUUCUCUGCUCGAGGUGACUUUGACCGAGCUACAGAAACACUGAAAAACAACAUUCUCAACAGCGACCUGAACAAUCCAAGAAUUUGUCGAGCCAUAAACGAGCGGAUCAUGAGGGUGGAGUACCAUUUCCUGUCUCCCUAUGUCUCUCCAAAGGAUACUCCCUUCCGCCACAUUUUCUAUGGUUCUGGUCCCCACACUUUAAUGUCUCUACUUGAAAACCUUAACCGCAUGAACAGUAACACCUCGGAUGUCGACAUUGUUGUCUUACAAAAUCAGCUUGCCUUGGCCACCUGGACCAUACAGGGGGCUGCCAAUGCUCUGUCAGGCGAUAUCUGGGACAUAGACAACGAAUUUUAAAUGCUUCAAUUGGUAUCCAGUGUUUUCUCUAAAGGCAAGCCAGGAUUGAACCCACAUUUAAAAAAAAUAAAAUAAAAUCUGCUUGACAUUUUACAAACAAGCAAAACAAUUUUUUUUUAAAUUUAGCCUACAGACAGUAAAACAUGCUUAUCGUUUAUGACAUAAAGUGGAUUUUUUUUUUUUUUGUCCGAUUUUUAAUAAGCUAAAGCUUCAUCUCCCUUUGGAGAAAAUGUCCAAUUACUGUCACAAAGCAACACGUACAAGAGGUACUUAAUCCAACUGGGCCUUUGAGAGUACACUGGGACCUAGAUAUAGCAAACAUUCAGUGCUCUGUGUGUGUUUCUUUUUGUUUUGUUUUGUUUGUCGCCACCCCCCCCCCCCCCCCCCGCCCCUUUAUGGUUUUGUAUUGUUUGAACUAUACACUGAAGAGUUUUCAAAGAUUUUAGCCAGAACUAGAUAGAGGAAUAAUCGGUAGCUAAGGUACAUAAUCUAAACUUGCUUGUGAAUUGUUCAAUUAAAUUUGCAUUUAAGAUCUAGAAUAUGCAGGUCAGUGUUGUAAUGUCCUUGGUGCAUUUUAUAUUGUAUGAACGAUCAAUGCCUCAUUGGCCACCGAAACAUUUGCACGUCUUGUUUUUGUUUUGUUUUUUAAACGUUAAAUGUGUCAUUGAUAUUCAUGUAGCUGAGCAGUGCACUCAGUUGGCUUUGUUUUUGCCAAUGGGAGCACUGCAAAGGUUUGCCUUUGUUUCUUGAAAGCCUCUAUCUACAUGUUUCGUGAAUAGCUAAAACAUGCCAGGUGGCAGCUAUCUGGUAAUAAGAUUGAAAUGUAAGAAAAGUGUAAAAUACACCUACCAAGGCAAUAUGUGUUUAUGGUACUUUGUUACAGAAUCCCCGUUGAUGUUUGAGUAAUCCUUUUGCUUUUUCCAGACAAACUGACAUUUUGUUUAAGGCUAAUAUCUUUGUAUGAAAAGUGAAAAGCAAUUUCUGUUCAAAUUUACUGAUACAGAAUAUGAGCUUUUAUUUCCUGUCAGCCAAUGUCGUUUGACUAGAAAUGAGAGGGGGAAAAAAAAAAAAAAAAAAAAAUCAGGAAAAACAUGUCUUCACCAUUUGGCACUGAGCUAUUUAUUUGUGUUAUUUAUUUAUCAGUGACAGGGUUCACUAUAAAUAGUAUUUUUUUAAAACUAUUUCUUUCUUAUAUAAGAUAAUUAUCGGAAGCAGUGUCUUCCAUAAUUAUGACAGUUAUACUGUCGGUUUAAUAAAAGCAGCAUCUGCUACGGAAACACACUUGUUACCAAAAUUAGUUGACCAGAAACUGCAGUUGUAUGAAACAUUUAUAAGUAACCACAUUUAAUUGAGUCUAGGUUUGUCUAUGACUUAAAUGUAAACUUACAUCUUCAUUUUUUAAACUGAUUUGCACUACAAAAUCUCCCUCAUUUUGCUAGUCUUUGAACGGCAUACAAAGUUAAGCAAGUAUGCAUUUUUUAAUUGGGGGUGGGUUAGGUCUUCAUAUACACUUUGAAGAUGAUACUUGAUUAUACAUCGUGUUGCUGGUUCCGCCUUUUAAUACCUUGAACACAAAACAAGACAGUUUUUAAAAGAGCUUGCGGUUUCUGGUCAAGCAAUUUUGGUGCAUUUAUAUUUCUAAACCUAAAAACAUUAUCGGGAGCAGUGUCUUCCAUAAUGUAAAAAAACGAAGGUAGUUUUUUCUACCACUGUGUAUAUAUCGGGGGCAGUGACCUUCAUAUUUCACACUGAAGGUGUAUGUAAUUAUCGGGAACAGUGUUUCCCAUAAUUUUUGUAUAUUGUUUGCAUUUACAAACUAUUGCAAGGCUUGAAGUUGUUUGUCUCAUCAACAUUAACCUAAAUGGGUUAGAUUUUCCUCUAUUUCUUUAGGACUAAUUCCAAUAAAGUCAAGUUUUUUUUCUUUCUAGAUUUGUAUGGCUUACCUGUGCCUUGUAGACUCGUAUUCUACAAACCAUUGUCAAGAAUCCUUGAAGCGCAACUUUUGCUUCACUGUACUGCGACUCCUUUUUAAGUAACCCUAUUCAUCUACUCAUAUUCAUGUGAUGUUUUGAAUGCAUGUUGGACAGUUUUAAUCUUCCUUUAGACGUAGGCUUAACUGUGGUAAUUGAAUAUCUUGAUUGAGGUUUAAAGUAUGCGGAUGCAUAAAUACGUACAAUUUUUUUUUUCUUAAUGAAAAAUUUGUUAAAUGAUAUGGUAUUUAAUCACCUGUAUCUUGACAAAGAAUUAUAAUGUCUGUCACAAGUCGAAAGAAACAGUUUCUGUUUGCAAAUCUGAUCGAAAACUGGGUUUGUAUUGGAGAGCGGGGAAGGGAAAAACAAAUGAUAAAUCUGCACGACUUGCAUUUAGUAAUUUCUUACAAAAGGUUCUGUUGACUUGUAAUGUUUUUACAACGGAAAUGGAUAGACUACUGUUGCAAACAUGAACUGUAAUAUCUGUUCUGUAAUUGUUUUGCUUCUUGGAUUAAGCUUAUGUUCUUUGAAAUUGUCCAACGGUUUUGCUCUUGGAGUGUUUGAUCUAUUUUAUGACAAGCUGCUUAUUAUAUCUAUAGGUUCUGCUAUUGCUUCAGUUAAAUUUAUCCGUUAGAUAAGUGUUUAAAUUAAAAGUUAUGAUGGGAAAUUGUUUUUUUUUUUUUUUCUCUUUAUAACGUGGUGGUUGGGAUUGUGAAAAGAUGGGCAAGGCUUUUUGUUGUCUGCAAUAAAUGCAAUAUAUAACAAUCAA